AUGUCGAACUUGGCGGCUCGAUUCGCCGUCCCACUGGGUCUUGGCGUCAUGGCACUUCAAUCUUCCCUCUACGACGUUCCCGGUGGCUAUCGUGCCGUCAUGUUUGACCGAUUCCAGGGUGUCAAGGACCUCGCUACCGGCGAAGGCACGCACUUCCUCGUGCCUUGGCUACAAAAAGCCAUCCUUUACGAUGUUCGAAUCAAACCACGCAACAUUUCGACUACCACCGGUUCCAAGGAUCUUCAGAUGGUCUCGUUGACAUUGCGAGUGCUGAGCCGACCCGACAUCCAACACCUUCCCAAGAUCUACCAGUCUCUCGGCAUCGACUACGACGAGCGAGUGCUCCCUUCCAUUGGUAACGAAGUGCUCAAGGCCACUGUAGCUCAAUUUGAUGCUGCUGAGCUCAUCACACAGCGGGAGGUGGUCUCGGCACGCAUCCGUGAGGACCUGCUGAAACGUGCCAAGGAAUUCAACAUUGUGCUUGAGGAUGUCUCGAUCACCCACAUGACCUUUGGUCAGGAUUUCACAAAGGCCGUCGAGCAGAAGCAGAUAGCACAGCAGGAUGCAGAGCGUGCCAAGUUCAUCGUCGAAAAGGCCGAGCAGGAACGUCAGGCUUCAGUCAUCCGCGCAGAGGGUGAGGCCGAGGCGGCACAGACCAUCUCGAGGGCGUUGGAAAAGGCCGGCGACGGUCUGUUGACAAUCCGAAGAAUCGAGGCGUCCAAGGACAUUGCUUCGACGCUGAGCAACGCCAAGAACGUCACUUAUCUCCCACGCGGCCAGGGCAUGCUGCUCAACAUGCAGACCUAG